AACAUGAGAUGUUUUAGAACAAUGUGCUUAGAAUAUAUAUGCACGUUAUUUGUUAUGGUAAACGUUGUCAGUGAAACUUAAAACUAUUAAUUCAAUACUUAGUAUUCCGUAACAGGCGAGGUGAGCCGUCCGUUCAACAAAUCGCGUUGCAGCCUCCGUAGGCCGCGGGUCACGGGUCAAGGGAGAUCGCGGUCACGUGACGCGACCUCGCCCCACGCGGGGAGACGAGAGGCGCGGCGAGUCGGGGGCCCGGGAGCGUCGUCCUCGUCCUCCUCCUCUUGACAGUCGCCCGCGGCCGCCACCACCACUGGGGACGCCUGCACAGAGACGGGGGCGGAGACGCACGGGCGGGGAUAGAGACACGGAGGACCACCCUGGAGACGGGUAGCAAAGGCGGAGACGGGAAGCGCCCUGCCUGCCUGCCCGCCCGCCUGCGUGGGUAGAGCGGGACUCGCCAUGUGCAGCUAAAGGCGAACACCCGGGAGGUUCCCGCUUCAGGGAGAGAGACCCCGGACAGACGGAGAGAGAGAGAGACCUGGCACCGGCAGCGAGGAGACGCGGACCCCCUAGAGAUCCCAGAUCCAUCCGUUUCCACGGCGACCGGGGUCCACUGCUGGAAGCCGCGGGACCCAUCGCGCGCAUCUCGCGCCCAUUGGAGCUGAGAGCGGCGCUGCGGGGAGGCACACGGGGUGAGGCGCACGGGGAGUGUGCGUACCAGGCCGCCGGAGAGCAGACAUCCAGAUGGACUGGUCCACGCUCCCACCUGCUGUCACUGCUGCUGUCUGGCCAUCUCGCAGUCGAGCGGGUUUAUGAUGAGAGUCAACUGAAGGGAAGAGUAGAGACCACUGCACCAUGAUGCUGGCGGAGAAACUGAAGGAGAAGAUCUCCCUGGGCUUCUACUCACACGGGCUCAUGUGUGCCUCCUACCCCGUGCCCAUCAUCGCCUUCACCUUCAUCUGCGUGCUCGCCUGCUGCUCCCCUCUGCUGAAGCUGCCCCUGCCCGGCACGGGCCCCGUGGAGUUCGUGACCCCUGUGCAGGACUAUUCUCCCCCGGACGAGCAGUACGCGGCCUCUGGGGCCUCCGACUCGGAGGAGAGGCCCUCCUGGUAUGUGGGCAGGCCAGUGGCGUACGUGCAGCAGGUGGUGCUGAAGGCCACCGUGUUCCCCUGGGAGCGAGGCCUCAUCCCUGUCGACGCUUUCAGGGGGCCCCUCUCCAAGGUGUUCGAGCUGCUGGAGGAGAUCCACAACCACCAGCAAACCACCAGCGAGGGCCCACGUAGCCUCGACGACUACUGCUUCCGCGUGGCGGCGCUGCUGCCUGGGCUGCGAGCGCUGCAGCGCUUCCUUCCCGAGCACGGCUGCCUUGUCGUGUCGCCGGCCAACUUCUGGCUCAACGACAUCGAGCACUUCCGCGCCGAUCCCGACGUGAUGAGCACUGUUCACCAGCACCAGGGCAAGGCCUUCCAGUUCUCCACGUCGCUCAAAGACCUGCUGUUCGGCGUGCCUCCCAAGUACAGCGGAGUGUCACGCUACUACAUCCGCAACCGCCAGCGGCUCGUCUCCUUCGCCGUCACCAUCGUGCUGCACUCCUACGACAACCGGUUUGUGUGGGGCCUGCGGUCGCGGUUGAAGCGACUGUACCCGGCCACCAACGCGUCGUUGCGUGAGGACUCCAUGGUGCACGUGCACUUCCAGGAGGAGGUGGGCGUGGCCGAGCUCGUGCCGCUCGUCACCACCUACAUCAUCCUGUUCGCCUACAUCUACUUCUCCACGCGAAAAAUCGACUUGGUGAAGUCCAAGUGGGGGCUGGCACUGGCAGCUGUGGCCACGGUCAUCAGCUCCCUGCUCAUCUCCGUUGGCCUGUGCACCCUGUUCGGCCUCACGCCCACGCUCAACGGAGGGGAGAUCUUCCCCUACCUCGUGCUUGUCAUUGGCCUGGAGAACAUCCUUGUCCUCACCAAGUCGGUCGUCUCAACGCCUGUGGACCAGGACGUCAAAUUCCGCAUCGCACAGGGACUCAGCAACGAGGGCUGGUCCAUUGUCAAGAACAUGGCCACCGAGCUCUUCAUUGUCCUCAUUGGCUACUUCACCAUGGUCCCCGCCAUCCAGGAGUUCUGCCUCUUUGCUCUGGUGGGGAUCGUGUCCGACUUCUUCCUGCAGAUGUUCUUCUUCACAACAGUGCUGGCCAUCGACAUCCGCCGCAUGGAGUUGUCCGACCUGCACAAGCACCCCCUGCGAGGCCCGCCGGAGGCGCUCCACGUGCCCGUACCCGCCCCGGCCCCUCGCCCUCGCUCCAAAGCCCCCCGAGGCCCCGGGGAGGCGCGGCCAGGACCCCCGCCGCCCGCGUCUUUCCCCUACUCCAUCUCGCUACCGCCCCCGUCGCUGCGCACGCUGCGCUUGCCGCGCCGCCUGCGUGUCGUCUACUUCUUCGCUCGCACGCGGUUGGCUCAGCGAGUCAUCAUGCUGGGCACCGUCGUAUGGAUCGGCAUCCUCGUGUACACGGACCCCACGGGGCUGCGCGCGUACAUCGCCUCGCGCGUCGCGCAGCAGAGCUCGCUGGGCGGCGGCGACCUCACGCGCAUGGCCAUGGCCGGACUCUUCAGCCACGAGACGCCAGGGGCCUCCUCCUCCUCCGCCGCCGCCGCCCUCUCCGCGGGCGACGCCGCCUCCACCGUGGCCGCGGCCCCCGGUGAAUCGGGCGCGGGCCGCGAGCCGGGCCGCGGGAGCGUGCCGCCCGACACGGGGCCCGGACGGCCUCCCCCCGCGCCCGCCCCGCGCGGCUGGGAGAGCCUGAACGCGCACGCGGAGCGCGAGCGGCCGCCCGCCGACAUCACGUGGAGCGGCGCGCAGGACGAGGAGGUGUGGAGGCAGCUCUCGUUCCGCCACUGGCCCACGCUCUUCAGCUACUACAACAUCAGCCUGGCCAGGAAGUACAUCAGCAUCCUGCCGGUGGUGCCGGUGUCGGUGGUGCUGUCCCCGGAGGACGCGCUGGCGCUGCAGCACCCAAUGGAGCUGGAGCAGCACCGCCUGGCGCUGCAGCACGAGCGUGAAAAGGCGGCGCUGCCCGUGCUGCCCGCCCCGACAGGGCUCACCUCUUACUACCGGGCGGCGGGGGUGGGCUUCCUUGUGGGCGGCCUGCUGGUGCUCACCACCUGCUGCCUCUACAAGCUGCUGUGCCCCAAGACGUAUGGGCAGCUGGGCCCGCGGCACGGGCGGCGGCGCCGGCGCGAGUUGCCGUGCGACCAGUACGGGUACUGCCCCCCCGUGAGCGAGGCCACGCCCGUACCGCUCACGGGGCACCCAAUGGACAUAGAGUGCGUGGCCGUGGACGGCGGAAUGCUGGUGAGCUGCUGCCUCGCCGGGCAGAUCCGCGUGUGGGACGCGCACUCUGGCCGAUGCGUGACCGUCAUCCACCGCGUCAGCACGAGGCGCAAAGACUUGGACGGCGGCUGUGGCCGUGUGGAAGCGGUCGACGGAUGCGUCGGACCAAGGCCUUGGCUCGAGACCGCGGAUGCACAGGCUGCCGGAAGUCUCCCCGCAAGCCCCCUGUUUGGGGAUCGUAGCAGCCCCACGUCGCCGAGUCACGACACACCUAAUAGCCCCUCCUCCGGCUACGACUUCUCCAGCUUUUGUCAUCCAAGAUUUGACGGAAGCCCGAACUCAAUUCCCAGCGGUGCCCAUUCCGCAUUCUCCUUUGCAGCUGGGCUCUCGGCCGAUUCGUACGAGCCCCCUUCUGGGAGUCACCGGCGGACACGGAGAGCUAGAGACUCGUCGGCGGAGCAGGGCUUACACGAUGCAUCGGCAGGCAAGGCCACGGCCCGCUCGCCCUCGCUGCCAAAAGCGAGGUUACAAGAGGACAGUUUGCUGGAGAGAUCGUGUGGAGAGCCCAGCGAGGUGGCUUGCAGAUCUCCGCGUGGAGGUGGAGAAGGGGAUGAGUCGGGGCUCGGGGCAGGGCCCGGCCCUCCUGCAGAUGAGUCCGUCGGCCCCGAGAGCUGUCACGGCGUCAUUUGGAGCAUGGCCGUGAAGGAUGGCAUUGUUGUGGUGGGCUGUGGAAACGGCCGCUUGGAGGUGUGGGAUGCGCAGAGCGGAACGCUGCACUGCUGCCACGAAGAGGGGGUAGCCGGCAUCAUCGCUCUCUCCUUCUCACAGAACAACAUCGUGGCGGCACGGCUCAACGGGACUCUCGACUUCUUCCUGCUGGAGACGAGCAGCCUGCAGGGGCACGGCCGCGCAGCAGCAGCGCCGGUCACGCGAGACGGGCGGCGCCCGCCGGUGCUGCGGGCGCCCUGCGGGGACGCGGAAGGCGAUGGCGACGGCGACAGUGUCUUGCCGGCUUAUGCACUCCGUGUGCCCCGCGCACCACAAACCGAUCACCACGCUGAGGGCCGCGGCGGGGCGCGUCGUCACGGGCAGCGAGGAUCACACGCUCAAGGUGUUCAAACUCGAAGACUCGUGCUGUCUGUUCACCUUGCGAGGCCACCAAGCCGGAGUGACCACUGCCUACCUGGACCAGAACAUGACGCUGUGCAGCGGCGGCCGCGACGGAGCUGUGUGUCUGUGGGACGCGCUCACGGGAAGCCGCGUGAGCCAGAUGUACGGGCACCGCGGCGAUGUCGUGUGCCUCUCGUGCACCGCCAGCUACGUGAUCAGUGCCGGCGUGGACGACAAGCUGUGCGUGUGGGACCGCUGCAGUGGCUCGCAGCUCUUCACCAUCCUCCAGGAGCCCGACUGUGGCUCCAGCUUCGCCGUGCUGGCGGAGAGCGUGCUGGUCACCGGGGCACCGGGCUGCCUCAGCCUGUGGGAGCUGGCUUACGGCGCCCUGCUGCAGACGGUCUGCCUGCCGGCGUGCGACGAGCUGCAGCUGCCCCGCGCCCUGCUGCCCAUCAACAACACCACCGUGGCCUGUCACCUGGGCUCCUCCCUCAAGCUGGUGCAGCUGCCGAGCGUUGUGGACAAACUGGACUAGGCGCGCGCGUGGCCGUGCGCCAGGGCCCGCAGCGUGCGUUGCUGCCUAGUAGCUGACUAACCAUUCAGGGUUUUUACUUGACCAAACGUUGUUGUGGAUGCAUUGGCAAGGUCAUUUGAAGGAUUUAAUAAUGCUGGUGCUCACCUAGGGAAGAAGUGUGUUUUAUAUAAGAUUUGUGUUUUCUAAAGACGAGUUAUAAAAUUGCAGUCUCUAGCCGGGCUACUUUAGAUGCGAAUUCAUGUGCCACCUUUGAGAAUUGUGGGUAAUAAAAUAAUAGAUAAGGGACCAGAUUCACGUGCUGGCAAAUGCCCAUUUCCUGUCGAUUUCUGACAUUCUCCAUCACCUGUAAAUCAUGAACGUGAUGUCGUCUACUGUAUCACAUUGUGAAUCUGGCCAAAGGGUUUGCUUAUAUCAAUAAAGAAAGCACCCUUUCCAUUGAUCAGUGGGCUUCCCAGAUAAAUUUAUCUCGGAUGCUUUUGUUAAAACGAGCAACAUUCUACGUCCAGUCUCAUGAGCCGGGUGUGUGGCUCGUCAAGGCGACUGCCCGCAGGUGGCUUCGUGUCGGCCAGAGAUGCACCACAGACGACAUUGUGCACGUGUGUGUUGGGAUGGAAAGAUGCUCCUCUCUUUGGCAUAGUGGGUUAUUUAAUAAAAAGAGAAGUGUUUAGCUGGAGAAGAAAUGUUGGGCCCAUAGGGUGAGUGUGCCUACCUGGCUUUCAUCCGUAACGUCAGGUUCUUCAGUAAAACACUGCUCACACUCUGUGAUGAGACAAAUUCAGGCUGUUCCUUGCUUUAACAAACGUCCCGGGAGUUGGUUAAUGCGGAAGCAUGGUGCUCAUUAGGCCGAAUCAUCGGUGAGUUCAUUGCAAUUUCAUUUCAGAGAUUAAACAAUUGCGUUGUCUGUUUAAGUUAUAAACGAACAUUGCUCCAGCCGAAGUGAAUUUGUAUGCUCGUGUUAAUGAUCGUAAUUACAUCUUGGUGUAAUCUCAACGACAUUGUGAAGCUAUUGGCCAGUUUGGGGCGGUCAAACUCUGUACAUUUUAUAAACAAGCUGUAUUUAAUGACCUACAAGUUUAUUAGCAUCUUUUGGCUAAUUUAGAGAUCCCGUCUCAGCAUUGCAGCAAACUCCUCCGUACAUUAUUCAACAACAACAACACAUGACGUCUGGUGACGCUGCGUUGGCAGUGGUGCAUGAGCACAAUUAACAAAACGACUCCAACACGUCCGUCAAUAACACUGCCUUCAAAUAAACAAUAUAAAACGGGUGACGUUUCAGCCAAUGGCCCUACUUUGUAAAACAAAUAUAGCACUUUGGGUGAGGUUCCCUGGGUAGUAUCCAAAGUGGCCGCAAGUGAUGACGUGGGUACUGUACGAGGAGGAGAUCUGCUCUUACCGACGAUGUAGAUUUGCAGUUUUGCAGGACGUGGGUGGUUGUGUCGCCACGUUAACCAGCGCACUUAAUGUGGGUUGAUGAGAACACGUGAUUUCACUAAAAAGCUGAUGCCACGGGCUGGGAGUAAAUUAUAAUUUGUUAAUUAAUAAGGUUUAUAUGUUUGUGUGUGUAUGUGCUUCUUUUCUAUGUACCACUUAGUGGUAAGCAUUCAGCAAUGGGAUAUUAAUGAUUGCCGGUGUUUAGUGUGGGGAUACGGGCCAGUGAAACACGCUGAAGGCAACACCUACUGUGUGCACUUACAGUUGCAUUUUUCUACUGUAUAUUUUUUGUUAUUUAAAUGUUAUGACUACACCAAAUGAAAUGAAUGUACUGGCAAGCUUACAGAAGACUAUAAACAUUUGGAUAAUAAAUAACUGAUAUAAUA